AGAUGAAAAGUAAGAACCAUUUUAUACAGGCACUUCAGGGCACCCUCGCCGGCUUCCGUCAACGUGUUUAAAGACCCCAGCAUGUCCAUGCUUGCCGAACCCCGGAGAAAACAGAAGUGGUCUGUUGACCCGCGGAACAGCGCAUGGAGUAAAGAUGAGUCCAAGUUCGGCCAGAAAAUGCUGGAGCGAAUGGGCUGGUCCAAGGGAAAGGGGCUGGGAAGAACUGAGCAGGGCUCCACAGAACACAUCAAAGUCAAAGUGAAGAACAACCAACUGGGGCUGGGAACCACUACCAGCCACGACGACAACUGGAUUGCCCAUCAGGAUGACUUUAACCAGCUCCUGGCGGACCUCAACAACUGCCAUGGUCAAAACACUGCCAAUGAAGCCCCGUCAGAGAAACAGCAGGAGAAGUCCUUCAGCCUGGAGGAGAAGUCAAAGACGUCCAAGAAGAGGGUCCACUACAUGAAGUUCACCAAAGGAAAGGACCUGUCCAGCCGCAGCCAGACAGACCUGGCCUGUAUCUUUGGGAAGAGGGGGAUGAAGCGUAUGUCCGAGGCCCAGGAAGAGGAGAGCAGUGGGCCAGACUCCCAGCAGGUGACGGAGAAGGAGAACGGGGAAGUUACAGCACCAGCUACAAAGGUUGCGACCCCUGAACCUGAUGUAGAGGCCAUCACCAAGACAGUCACCAGCACCCUCUCCAUGCAGGAGUACUUUGCCCAGCGGAUGGCUCAGCUAAAAAAGGGUCGUGGCGAGUCUCCCACUGCAACCUCGUCACCAGAGAGCAGUGAUGGGCAGCAAGUCCCGGCUGAUUUUGUCACUGACGACACGGAGGAACUCACAUCGAAGAAGAAGAAGAAGAAGAAGAAGAGAAAGAGAGAGGGGGAAGAGGAUGAAGUGGUGGUAAAGGAGGAGUGUGACGUAGCUCCCGUGUCGGAGGAGUGCGAGAAGAAGAAGAAGAAGAAGAAGAAGAAAAGCGGGCGGAGAAAGAGGUGUUGGCUGAAGACUGCAGCGCCACCACUGGUGUGGAGCAGAACUGCGACGACGACCAAACUGUAGACGUAACGGAGUCUGAGGUUGUAAAUAAGAAAAGGAGGAAUCAGGAGAAGGAGGAGGUUGCAGUGGAGGACGAGGAGGAGGUGAUUGUGGUAAAAGAGAAGAAAUCUAAAAACAAAAAGAAGAGGAAAGAGCAUUUGUAGAAAUCUAGAACUGUCUUCUCGUGUCCUCUUGGAGUGUGCACCCUAUUCCCUAUGUAGUGCAGUACCCCAUAGGGCUCUGGUACAAAGUAGUGCACUAUAGAGAACAGGGUGCCCAUUUGGGACGCACAAUAGUCCUCAGGUUUCUCUGCUACAGUACAGCAGGCCUCUGGUCAUACAUGAAAGACCUAUUAUUAUUAUUAUUAUAUUAUUAAAGACCUGGGUCUAUGCAGAGUGAUAUUCCCAUCAGGUUGUUUGGACUGAAUAUCUGCUGGGAGUAAUAAAGGGAGGCCUACGUUUCUGGAGCCAUGCAGGAUGAGUUUGGUGCUUUCCCAGAGAUACACUUUUAGAAUGAUCAUUGUGACCCUAUGUUCUCUGGAUGUCCCCAAUAGUCUCCUUCAGUCCCCCUGUAGUCUCCUUUAGUCCCUGUGUAGUCUCCCUGUAGUCUCCCUUUAGUCUCCCUAUAGUCUCCCUGUAGUCCCCCUUUAGUCUCCCUUUAGUCUCCCUGUAGUCUCCCUUUAGUAUUCCUAUAGUCUCUGCUCCCUAUAGUAUUCCUAUAGUCUCCCUAUAGUCUCUGUAUGACUAUAUGAUGAGCUUUGAUGAAUUGAUAUUCGACAGCCAUUAUAAUACAGGGCAGGGGACCUUUCAUAGUAAUGGACUGAUGUGUGUUUGAUAUCACAAUAACGUGUUCUCUUUUUAAUCAGAUGAAAUCAAGCUGUCGGUGUUGCUGAUCAAUAAAUCAAACUCAAAAUGA